AUGGGUCAGGUUAAAGGUGGGCUCCCCAGCCCAUGGUCUGAAUUGGGAAAUCCGACCCGAAAGAAGAAGGUGAUAAUCAGACAAACAUUCACCAAAGCUGAUACGAUACGCUUCGUCUAUGCGAUAAUGGCUUCACUUCACCUCUCUCUUGGCCCAAUUCCGGGACAUCGUCCACCGAAGUUCCGGUCGGCUCUAUGCGCCGGUGACCGUCAAGCGCUUUUUAACCGCAUUGCUCCGGUCUAUGACAACUUGAAUGACUUGCUGAGCUUGGGUCAGCAUCGAAUAUGGAAAAGAAUGGCCGUAUCUUGGAGUGGAGCGAAGGAGGGAGACUCUGUGUUGGAUGUGUGCUGUGGAAGUGGGGAUUUGGCCUUUCUCUUGUCUGAGAAAGUUGGGACAAAUGGAAAGGUUGUUGGUCUUGAUUUCUCAAAAGAGCAAUUAAUGGUUGCUUCAUCUCGGCAGCAUUUGCGCUUAAAGUCCUGCUACAAGAAUAUUGUGUGGGUCGAAGGUGAUGCACUUGAUAUACCAUUUUCUGACUGUUACUUUGAUGCCAUUACCAUUGGCUAUGGGUUACGGAAUGUGGUAGAUAUUCAUAAAGCGAUGGCAGAGAUGUAUCGACUUCUAAAACCGGCUUCAAAAGUGUCGGUCCUUGACUUUAACAAAAGCACGAAUCCGUUUAGUACUUCAUUUCAGGUACUAAUGGCAAGAUAGAAGUUUAUUCCAUUACUUUGACAUUCAAAUGUUUUGGAAAUAUUUUCUUAAACUAUUUCAUGGUUUUUAUAUUGCCAUUAUUGGUUUGCUCUGGGCCCGAUAGCAUAAGUUUCACCCUUAUGCCAUGAAAUAAAGGAUGGUAUCUACAUUCAUACUACAGACGUUGAGUAAAUUUAUUUCUAGAGUUCCAUCCCUAUCUUGAAUAUGUCUAAUCUAAAGGCCUUCAUGGUCGCUCUUUACUAAACGGGAAUUGGAAACGAAUGUAACAAGGAUCAAAUUUUAAUUCUAAUUAUUGUGUAAUUUUCAUUAGAAAUUUACAAUUCUUGUGCUUUGUUUUAUGUAAGGAAUGGAUGAUUGACAACAUUGUUGUUCCUGUGGCAAGUGGGUACGGCCUAACACCUGAGUACAAAUAUUUGAAAAGUUCAAUUCAGGAAUUUUUAACAGG